CUGCCAGUUUGACUGUGGACACAAAAAACUGCGAAUCAAGGAGAGGGACAGCGCCCAGAAUAACUGUAAACCUCUGCAAACUGUGUGGAGCAUCGUGUCGGAAAUGAGACCCCGGUCGUUUUAUCCGGUGUGUCGGACAUAAAAUCAGAGGACAUGUCCUUGGGUUUGUUGAAGCCACAGCGCUACACUCAACUCUCCAAGCAUGCUACAAUAGUGACAAUCUCUCUCCACUCCGCAGGCCUGUUUGAUCCUAGAGAAACGUGCCUUGUAAGGAAGCAGGAUGUUCACAGGCUCCACCAAACAGCCACCCACUAAAACCCCGCAGCCCGAGCGGCUGGAUGAGGUCUACGCUGCCUUACGACGAGGCUUACAGUCGUACCUGCAGGUCCACCAGCUGGAGCUGGACAGUCUGGGUCAGCAGUCACGAGAGAACAAGAGGAACGGUCGUCUGGGGUCUUUGUAUGAGCUGGACAAGCAAGUGAAAGCCAUAGAGAGGUUUAUGCGCCGCCUGGAGUUCCACCUCAGCAAGGUUGAGGAGCUGUACGAUGCUUAUUGUAUACAGCGGCGACUGCGUGACGGAGCGAGUAAGAUGGUGGCGGCCUUUAACGUGGCCACCGGCAGCCGGGAGGCCAGAGAGAGCCUGAGUGAAGCCAACAAGGGCUACAGGGAGUGCACUGAGCACAUGUGCUCUCUUGAGAGUGAAUUAGAAAGCCAGAUGGGAGAAUUUCAUGUCAAGAUGAAGGGCCUCGCUGGCUUCGCACGGCUCUGUGCUGGUGACCAGUAUGAGGUUCUAAUGCGCUAUGGGCGUCAGCGCUGGAGGCUACGAGGCCGCGUGGAAGUCAGCAACAAGCAGAUAUGGGAUGGUGAAGAGUACAUCUUCCUGCCUCUCGUCACAGAACUGCUGUCAAUCAAGGUGACAGAGCUGAAGAGCCUGGCCAAUCACGUGGUGGUGGGCAGUGUGUCCUGCGAGAUGCUCGACCUAUUCUGCCCGCUGCCCCAGACGCUCGCCGUGGACAUCAACGACCUCGGGACGGUGAAGCUGAACCUUGAGGUGACCUGGAGUCCUUUUGAUAAGGACGACCAGACGUCCUCCACCAGUACAGUCACCAAGCGGCUGCUGUCCAAUCAGAGCCCUCCUGACACGCCCUCUAUGCGGGAGCAGGUGUUUUAUUCUCUGCUGAAGCGGCAGGGGGAGGUGGAGAACGGCACCGUCUGGUCCAACUCGUCCGAAUCCUCCGACGACUCGUCCAGCCCGGCGCUCGCUCACCACGCUCAGAGGCUCACGGCCUCCAACAUGCUGCAAACCACGCUCACCUCUCAGCUGUCCAUCACGCCACACAAGUCCAGCGCCUCAACGCCAUCGCUCUCAUCCAACCAGGAGGAGGACGAGACUGAAGCCGGGGAGGUUUUCUCUCAGACGGACGCGGUUCCCAACGGCCACCUGCUGACUUCCUGCUCUCACAGUGCAGACUGUACUUCUGCUGAUAGAGCGUCUAUCCAGUCAGCGGAUCUCUCUGAAACUUCAGCAGACCUGAGCUGCUCCUGCCCCGACGUGUACUCUGUAGAUGCUUCGUCCACUCAGGAUUUGUCCGAAAGUGGCGUCCCACAUGUGUGUAUUUCCGCAGAGGAGGUAAAACAGUCUGAGGACUCGCCAAUGCAGGCUGGACAGACUGAAGCAGAAACAAAGGACAGCACCACUGAAGCAGCAGAGGACGAAGCAUCAGAGACACACAGCCAGUCCGUCCAGGAGUCAAAACAACCGCAGGACCCUCCAGCGGUUCCUUUUCCAGUUUCUUCUAGUUUCAAUCUAGAGGUCGAGACGGCUCUUGAAAGUUUCGACUUCCUCAACUGCUCUGACCUCGAGGAAGAUGAGGAGGAAGAGGAAAAAGAGGGAGGACAUGAAGAGCAAGUAGAAGACAAAAAGGAGGAGGAUGCUGGGCAACAUGAAGAGAACAAAAUCAAAAUGGAUGACAAGAAUGUGGAGGAACAAGAAAAGGAGGAGAGAUUUGCCUCUGGAGGAAGCGAUGACGAGGAGGCAGACGGUCUGCAGAUCCUUAUGGAAGCUCCCGAAGGAUUCAGGAACUCAGAUGAAGAUCGUUUCUCUGAAUCACAGGAAUCAAGCGUGGAGGACGCGCAGGAUCUGUGUCAGAUAGAGAUGCCUGACGAGAAGGAAGAUGACAGCGAGAAAAAGGGAGAAAAUCAAAACGGAGAGGACGUGUCUCAUGGCCAGGAGGAGCGUCCCUCCACUCCCAAACAUUUGGCUACUACAGUCUUCUAAGGACACGGAGGAGCCAUGGCUAAACCAUUUCUCCCACUCUGAUCUCCUCAUGCCAUCUCCCUAUCACACUGCGGUAUCGGAGGCCUUGAGGAUGUUCCACUUUCUGCUCAGACAAACAAGCUCGUCCGCUCCGGCCGGGUUUGUGCACAUAUUUGCCUUGUUCUGACCAAGAACGAUAAACCUCCAGGUUUCUGCGUUUUGAAGUCCCUCUUCAAACGUCAUUUUCUUUCAACAUGUUCCUCAUCACGUUGCCUGAGUGAAAGCAGGAUACCACUUAGUUUACACUUAAAUAAACUGUUCCUGUCAUGUGAAAAUGUAAUGUCAAAAACAUUUCAGGAACAGCUUAAAGCGGCCUUGUUUUUGGCUUUAUUACAGUGCAUAUUUUGAAGUAAUCUAAUAGUUUUUUUAAAUGGUUUUAUAAUUUCAAGUUAAUGGAGUUUUUCAAUCUACAGAGUAACAAACAAUCACUGAGUUGCAUUCAAAACUGUCAGUAUUUGUGGAUAUAAAACAACUUUUAAAGUUAUGAUUUUCAGUGUUAAAUCAGUGUAAAGCUCAGAGCUCUUUCCACUGUGUGAGCAUGUGGUGUUUGUCUAAAGAUUUACAUUUUGUGCUGUGGACACAAUCCCAUAUACAAAACAGGAUCUUUUAAUUUACGCAUCGUCGAGAGUUAAUUACUCAAAAGUACACAAGAGCAGAAGUUACAUUUGACCCUCACCAGGAACAUAAGUAACAUAAGGACUGAAUAAAAACACUUUUGAGUUUCUGCUCAGAGCUCAUUCUGGUCCAACAUGAAAACAACCUGCAGUGUAAAACUAUAUUUAAACCUGCAUGUGUAGCUGCCUCACACUGCCAGCAUGUCUGUAUAAAAGCGUGUGUAAGCCAGGCUCCACUGCAGGCAGCCAUCAGGUCUGCAGCUGUGUACAGAAGCCGCCUCAUGGGGGCGCUAUAGUCCUUCAGCAUCAUGCUUUACGUUGUUCUACAAAAGCCUCGACAUUCAGAAAGUGCCUCAAGUGACAGAGAUGUAAGGUUUUAAAAUGCAACGACAGAAGAGAUCAGGCUAAAGAUAACAGUGUUUAUUUUCUGAAUUACUUUAAGAGUGUGCACAAUAAGAGAUAUUUACUGUUUCAUAUAAAGAAUUGUAUAUGUCUUGAAAUGUUUAUGUUCAGAAAUGUUUAAACUUUAUAAAGGUUUCUUUAAAAUGA